AUGCAAGACGACACUUUAGAAACCUCAACUUCAAUAUCUCAGCUUCUGAGAGAGAGUUAUUUAGCAGAAACUAAGCACCAAGGGAAGAGUGAAAGAAGCAGAUCAGAGCCAGUUUCUCAUAAUUUCCACUAUGGCAAUGCUUCUGGGGAUUCAGAUGAGGUAGCUGCCCAAGAUGACCUCCCAGAUCUGUCUGCCUUUUUGAGCCAAGAAGAGCUUGAUGAAAGUGUAAACCUGGCAAGACAAGCUAUUGAUCAGAAUCCACUGGAAACUAAACAGGAUGAGCUUCAGGCACAUUCACAGCGCUCCCCAGAUCAGCUGAACAGCACGGGAAAACACAAACAAAUGGCUCAGUCUACAGCUCUGAAAACAUCAGACAAUGGCCUGCACUCCAACUUUUGUCAGGAACAUGUCAGAAAUACAAAGGGGUCCAAAGGGAGUUCUCAAGAUCUAAAGAAACACCACCUUCCUUCUGAAUCAGAAUCCAAAAAGGAAUUCCUAAACAAGGCAGCAGAUUUCAUUGAGGAGCUCUCAUCACUUUUCAAAGCUCACAACUCUGAAAGAAUACGACCCCGAACAUGCAAAAACUACAAGAGCAAAAUUGAUUCUAAGAACAAGUCUGCUCAAAAAGGUAGCUCUAACCUGUCUCUCACAUCAGAAAACAGAGAAAGGCUUUCCAUUCCAACACCUCAAGACUUGGAAAAAAAAGCAGAGAAAACUUUUGAACAAACAGAUGAUCAACAGGCAGCAAACCUGGAAUCUAUCAGUCAAUUAACAAGUGCAGAGCUGAAAACAGAAUCAGAAUCUGCAUCUGUAUAUUCUGAUGAGCCCAUUGGACAGCCACCACGCUUUACUCAAAAACUGAAGAGCAGGGAAGUUCCUGAAGGAUCCAAAGUGCAAUUGGACUGCAUUGUGGUAGGAAUCCCAGCACCUGAAGUCAGGUGGUACUGUGAAGGGAAGGAGCUUGAAAACUCACCAGACAUCCAAAUUAUCCAGGCAGGUGACCGCCACUCCCUGAUCAUUGUUGAGGCUUUUGAGGAGGACACGGGGCGUUACUCCUGCUUUGCUUCCAACAUCUAUGGAACAGACUCCACUUCUGCAGAGAUUUACAUAGAAGGCAUCUCUUCUUCUGACUCUGAAGGUGAAAUCAUCAAGGACGAAAUGGAUCACAAACCAAAGCCAGCCAACACCUCUGUGAAUGCAGCAUCUCCUGCUGUCAGAACUGCAACCAAGCACCAAGAAACCUGCAAGGCACCAUCAGCUGAGGCUCAGCCUGUGUCUGUACUCGUCCAGACUGUGCCAACACCUCUUAACCAGGCUCAAAGCCCCACUAACUAUUUGCAAGGACUGGAUGGAAGACCCAUAAUUGCUGCUCCUGUAUUUACAAAGAUGUUACAGGAUAUUUCAGCUUCUGAGGGGCAGCUUGUUGUUUUUGAAUGUCGGGUGAAAGGAGCUCCUUCCCCAAAGGUUGAAUGGUAUAGAGAAGGAACACUGAUAGAAGACUCUCCAGAUUUUAGGAUAUUACAGAAAAAACCACGAUCUAUGGCUGAACCAGAGGAGAUUUGUACUCUUGUGAUUGCUGAAGUGUUCUCAGAAGAUUCUGGCAGUUUCACCUGUACUGCAAGCAAUAAAUAUGGCACAGUGUCCAGUAUAGCUCAUCUGACUGUCCGAGCACCUGAGGACAGCAGCAAUGCUGCUGCCCUUCACACGACGAGCUCCAUCGACUUUGUGGCUACUGAGCACCAAGCUCCCCCCCAAGCUCCUUCCAGCCAGGGAGCAAACCAAACCCCCAAGCCCAAACUCGAGGGUGUUCUUGUGAACCACAACGAGCCCAGGUCCAGCUCCAAGGCAGGGCUCCGGGUGCACUUCAAGCUGCCUGAAGACGAAAAAGGAAAUGAAUCAUCCUCAGAGGAUGGACAUGGCACCACAAACCAAAGCAGGCCCAACCAUUUCCCAGAGAAGAUAAACGGACAGCCAGUGAAAAUACCAGAGCCAACAUCACCAUCCAAGGAACCUCCCCCAGUACUGGCUAAACCAAAGCUUGAUCAGAGCCAGUUAAAACAGCUCCACAACCAGGUCCUGCUUGAACAGCAGCAGGUGCACCAGGCAUCUCUGAGAGAGCUGUCAUUCAACAGCACUUUGGUGACUUCUGCCACUUCCCUCUACCAGCAGUCCUCCUCAGCCCUGCACAAGCAGAGCUCAGCCUGUGCUCCUCAAGCCUUCGGCUACGGCCGCCCCAGGCAGCUCCUGGCCCCACAAACGCCGCCAGCCAGCCCCUGUGCCAGCCCCUCAGCCUCCUUCAGCAGCGUCCCCCCGGCCACCCCGAGGACAAACCACGUGGAGAACUUCAUGGCAAAUCCAUCACGGUCCCCAGGAGGGUUUGCAAGCAAAAGUGAACAGUGUCUCCCAAGCCCCAAAGAGCCCGUGGUGCCUCCACUAACGCUUCCUCCAUGCAGUGUGAAACAGUUCCAGCCCCAGGCCGUGACUCCCGCUCCCCUCUCCCCACCCGCACGGAUCCAGAACCCAGUGGCUUUCCUUAGUGCUGUUCUUCCUUCCCUUCCUGCUGCACCAUCCACCAAUGCCAUGGGACUGCCCAGAAGCACCCCAGCCACCCCAACCCAGGGAUUAAAGAAAAACUUGAAGCCUCUGCCACUAGCAACAGAAGAUUCCAUUCGGGAAAACAAAAUUGCACUUGUAAAGGACCUGGAAAGAAAACUGCAUUUCAGAGAGGAUGCUAAUCAACAAAGUGGUCAGCAGGAAUACCGCAUUUCCAGCUUUGAGCAGCGGCUGAUGAACGAAAUCGAGUUCCGCCUCGAGCGGACCCCGGUGGAUGAGUCGGACGACGAAGUCCAACACGAGGAGAUCCCCACAGGCAAAUACAUUGCUCCCAUCUUUGAUAAGAGACUCAAGCAUUUUCGGGUAAUGGAAGGAUUCCCUAUCACAUUCACCUGCAAAAUAGUUGGAAUACCUGUUCCCAAGGUCUACUGGUUCAAGGAUGGCAAGCAGAUUUCAAAGAAAAACACGCAUUUCAAAAUGAACAGAGAAGAAGAUGGAACAUGUUCUUUACAUAUUGAAGCUGCUACUAAUGAUGAUGAUGGCAACUAUACGAUUAUGGCUGCAAACCCACAAGGGAGGAUCAGUUGUUCAGGACACCUGAUGGUUCAGAGUGUCCCUUUUCGGGGACGAAUAUCCACAACUCAGCCUCACAGAACACGACCCCGGGUGCCAGAAGGGGACAAAGAGGCAGUCCAAGAACGCUUUUUCAGGCCAUACUUCCUGCAGGCUCCAGGUGACAUGGUGGCACAUGAAGGGCGACUCUGUAGGUUGGAUUGUAAGGUGAGUGGGUUACCAACUCCUGACCUGACGUGGCUCCUGAAUGGCAAAGCUGUGCUCCCAGAUGGCAGGCACAAGAUGCUGGUCAGAGAGACUGGAGUGCACUCUCUGCUCAUCGACCCUCUCUCCCUGAGUGAUGCUGGCACUUACACCUGCCUUGCCACUAACAAAACAGGACAAAAUUCAUUCAGUCUGGAGCUCACCGUUGUAGCAAAGGAAGUCAAAAGACCCCCCAUGUUUCUGGAGAAGCUUCAGAACUGUGGUGUUCCAGAAGGCUACCCUGUCAGAUUAGAGUGCAGAGUUGUGGGAAUGCCACCUCCCAUAUUUUACUGGAAGAAGGACAACGAGACCAUCCCAUCAAACAGAGAGAGGAUGAGCAUGCAUCAAGAUACAACAGGGUAUGUCUGCCUCCUGAUCCAACCUGCCAAGAAAGCAGAUGCUGGCUGGUACACCUUGUCUGCAAAGAAUGAAGCUGGCAUUGUCUCCUGUACUGCUCGACUUGACAUAUAUGCUCAGUGGCACCGUCAAAUUCCACAAGCGGUGAAGCUGCGCCCCGGGGGCAGCCGCUACACGAACCUCAGCAGCCAAGGACUCGACAUCUUCUCCUUCCCAGCUCCUGAGGGCCCCCUGCUCUUCUCAGCCCCAGCCCAAAAGUUGGUGGAGAGCGAAGAACUUUGAAAAACAAACACUUGUUCCAGUUGCACCUGCGGAGAUACUUAGAACUGUGAAAAACUAAAUAAUAAAAACAAAAGAGGUACAACUCACGAUGCUCAAGGUUUACAAGCAACUCGUUUGUAAUUAAGUGUUCUGCUGCUGCAAAUGCUGCAAGUAACAUAUCGUACAAGACUUUUGCAUAUGAUUUUAAUGCAGGAUAAUUGUGGUAUGGAGUGUUGUGCAAUAAAUUCAGUACUGUGUAGUUUGCUAAGAAUUACAUAGUAAACAUAGUUUUCAGCACCUAAAAGCCAAUACCACUUUUACUUCUUGAAUUAGAGCUACUGCACUGUAGCUGCCAUGGUAAGGAUUGAUGAUGAUUAGCUGGAAUACUGCCAGUGAAAACACUGACAUUACAGUAACACCAAUCCUGAAUGAGGGUAAACAACAAGACUUUGAAUGUAAUUUUUAAAAAAACAUGCCAAAUAAUCACAAAGCAUAAGUUAAAUGGAAAAGAUGUAACUCAUUUUUAUAUAUUAUUAUUAUGCCAGCCUAUUCUAGAAUUUUUGAACUCCAGGCUAGGUAAUUAUAGUAUUUCAUGUAGGUACAGCUGUAUACCCUAAAUAUUUAUAUCUGUGUGUGUGUGUACUCUAUGAACUGUGUAUUCUUGGUGUAAGGGUUCAUAAAAUAAGAUACAGGGCAUGUGCUUAAGGCACAUAGGAAAUGGAAAUUCCUCUUGUCUGGAGCAUGUUCUCUUGAGCCCAUAGCUGAAACUAUUUACCAGAUGUGCUUCAUACUUUUUUCUUUACCAUGUUAGUGAUCCUCUGACUUUAACAUGGAUGAUACCAAACUUGUCACUCAUGGCUUUUAAAUAUCAGUCUCUUUUUCCUAAUUUUUAAUGUGCAUCUACCAUCUAGCUCAUUUUAUAGCUAAAUGGAAACGAAUUGACCUGGUACAUUUUCACCCCCAUUUAGGAAACAAUCACAAGUGUAGUGUCUAAUAGGAAGACAGAAAAUUCUGUUAAUAUACAAAAGUUAAGAAGUUAAGCAACAGUUAUAUGUAAAAAGCUAAACAACCCCAACAGUAGUAAUAAAUAAGGCAAAUUAAUGAAAGCUCAACAGAAGGUGUUAAGUGACAACACUUAAUGAUUGAUUUAAAUAUAUUUGGCAUCUAUGCAAUUACAUCAAUAGCCCCAGCUGUAAGAAUCUGUGGAUGUUUAAGAUGUUUCCCUGCAUCUUCAAAUUACUGCUAACCCUCUCUCUAGACACUGGUUUCAAGCACUUCUUACUUACUGCUUUCCACAUGGCUGCAGAAUGCCACAAAGCCAUGAUCAAAGUCACAGAGAUAGAAAAAAAUUUAACAGGUACUUUCAUUUUAGACGAUGUUUGGGGAUUCUUCAAACUUAAAAUUUUAACUUUAAAAAACUCCAUAUGCAAAGAAAAAAAUGAAGAGUUAUGUUAAGAGCAAAAGAAUAUUGGAUAUAGCCAGAGACUGAGAAAGAGAAUGUCUUUCACUGAGCUCCCACAAAUAGAGCUUCUGUUGUUCCUAACACUGAUUCCCUCAGGAUUUAGAGGAGGUGAAUUUCUUGUGUUGUUUUACUUCCCACCUGAGUGAACACCAUAAAAAAACCCCAUCAUUAUAACUCUUAUACUUUUGUUAGGAAUCUCAGGCAACUCAACCCAGACUGGACAGACCAGAAAGCUAAAACACAGUCUCAUCCUAAGAGUCAAAACAAGGUACAGGCAUUUCCAAGGGAAAGCAGAUGUUGCCCACACUGUACCUCUUCCCUGGCAGCCUAAAUAAAACUCAUGGCUAUUCAGAGUGAUGCAUUGAGUUAAGUGACUUCAGUAAUGAGAUGCAGAACCUAAGACAUAAUGUGGGUCUGAUCUUCCAGGAUAGAGAAUCUACUGCUCCUGUUACCUUCAUUUGGUUCUUAGAAUGGCUUAAGGAUUCCAAAACUACACCCAAAAUUUCAAGUUUCCCACAUUAGUUACUACUCUUGGAAAAAUAAUCCAAGAAAAGUUAUUGGAUUUUGCUUGCUUAAUUCAGUGCUGUUGGGAAACGGAAAGGUAGGAAAUUAAGACACAAAAGAUCAAACUCACAUCUACAGCCAUGGUCUUCCCAUCAUUUCACAAACCAGAGAGUAGGUUUGUGAAAUGAGAGUAUUGGAGUAGAGAGAACUCCAGUAUUCCAGGUUCUAUACUGGCCAUCAGGCUUUAUCCCUCAGCACAGUCAAGAGAUUGCCUGCUUGGAAGUCCCCUGUGGCCCCUUUUCCUGGCUGACAUUGAGGGGCUGGCCCAGAUGAUCCCCUGACCUAAAUCACUCCAUGCUUCCUAAAUUAUUUUCUUUUCCAAUACCUGUCUAGAUAUCCUACCUGGAUUAAGUUACCUGUCAGCUAAGUAGGAACUAAGAAUUCAAGCAAGCACAAACUUUUCCUUUUUUCCUGAAAUCUAACCCAUUAGACAAGCCCAGCUACAGGAGUUCUUCACACAGUGUAGAAGAAAGGAAUGUUAGUACUCUCCUCUGGCAAGUACAUGGUUAGCAUUGCUGGAAUCAUACUGACCAGUAUUACUGACAGCAGCAGUGGUGUUCACAUUUUACAGCAUCAGACACCAAAAACUCAAUGCAAAUUGAAAGACAAAGUGCAAACAUGCAAACCAUCUGUCUUCACCUUUUCUCUGCAACACCAGAGGAGUGUCCCCAAACAGAUUAUAACCUGAGCUGACAUGCUGACCAUCAUGAGGUAAAAUGUUUCUUUAAAUGUCCAUUCAGUUCUUUGGAAGUGGGAGGACAAGAAGCUGAAAGACCUUUCCCAAAGACCUGUGUAUGAGGAUUAAUCCUUAGUCAUUCAAGAAGGGGCCCCAGAAAUCUCAGUGAGAGUCAGGCUACAGAAGGCAGAUCACCAAAAAUGUGCUAGCUGAGCUGUAAUAUUCUCUCCUGAACAGUAUUUCCUAGCAAAAAGAUCAAAACCCUUCACAUUUCCCUACGAAUGCAGAAGUCAGCAAUUUCAAUUCCUUUCAGUGACUCCUGUCCUGGUCCCAAAUGGUCUGUAGGUGUUACAUUUUCUUCCCUAACUGCUGCAGGGCGUUUCCCCUCUGGGUGUGCUGAGCCCCUGCAGGGAGCCUGCAAAGGCAGCUUGUGGGCAGGAUGCCAAUGCUGUCUGACAGGUGCUGUAGAUGUGCUCGUCACAAGGAACAACUUGCAAGGAAACGACACCAAAAUAACACCUGUGUUGUUAAGUGGUGGAAAAGACAAGGGAAAAGGCUUGUGGAAGGGAAGGACAGUAGAACAGUCCCGUGUUGCCACAACAUGUCAGGAUGUGCUAGAGCCACUCUGCUCCCUCCUGAACAACCUGGCUGCUCUUCACUGAACAGCCAGUUCCACUUCACAUCAACACAGCCUCUCAUCCUCUAAUGCUGGGCAGGCUACUGCAGCAACAAAAUUUCAUGUUACACCUGCCACUGAAGGCACUGUUAGUUCUUAACUUCCAAAAUCCAUGAAGCCACCACAAUGUGGAGCACAAUGCUGAGUAAGUGUGAUAUAGAAAUGCUCACGUUUGGAACCUCUCAAGUGUUCACUGAUUCACAAUCUUGUAGGCUGAUUUGGUUUCCCCUUUUCUCCUAGUCCUGGUUUGGAGUACAGCCAAUCAGAGGCACAGUAUAUUGCACACUACAGCAGAAAUGACAUCUUUUGGGUUGCAAUUCUACAUUUCAAACAGUUUUCUUUCUGCUUCAAACCUUUGGUCCAGACUGAUGCAAACCCAGCCUACAUCAAUGCAUUGAUGUCAUUGGACCUCCUGCCUUUGAACCACUGGGUUGAGUUCCUUGCUUCCACAUGGAAGUGGAGCAACCCUUCUGAAAGCCUCACAUCUGCUACCACGAGGAGAUGAGAGCACACACUGCAAAAAGGAAAACCCAAGUCUGCAGUUUGCAUCUCAAUAUGUAAACAACUGCCAGUCCCGAUUGUUUACAGCAAUUGUAGGUACUUCAACCAAUAAAUCUGGAAUACAGAUUCAUUUAAGAACUGUGUUCUUAAUUCUACCAGGUUUAAAAGCACUAGUUUCUGAAAAAUGUCUUUACAAAACCUAAUGAAAUAUUUAUGCUGUUAAUACUGGAGAAGUGAUUCAUUGAAAAUUGCCUCAUUAUUUCCAAUACGAAAAUAUUCACUUUGAGCUUUAACAUUCUAAGCUAAUAUUUCUUCUUGAUGAAAGUUGAUAUUUUUAAUUUUUUUUUCAAAAGUCAUUCUCACUGAUAAGAAAAAUGCUCACAUCAGUUUUAUAGUGUAUUUUAACUGCACAUGAAAGGAAAAAAACCCACCUGCCUGUUCAGUAAUGUAUUUCCCUUCAUCUCACCUGAACUUAAAUGAAUGCUUCAGAUUGCAUACAAGACUGUGUCCUUCACAUAAUAAUUGUGAAAAUAAUUGUGACAAUGUGCAACAAUGCCAGAAGUUUUCUCAGAACUUUGCUGUGACAGCUGAUUAAUGAAAUCAGACUACAUUAUUUAGAAAAAAAAUAAUAAAUAUUGUCAAGUUAUAUACUAGCCAUGCUUCUAGCAGGUAGCUGUGAAAUAAAGUUGUUGCUUUUUUAAACAA